AUGAGUUCAUAUCCUCAUUUGUUAUCGCAACCCAUCGCGAAGAAAGUCGAUUCAAUCUACCGCAACCGUUUGGGUCUCUUCUUACAAAAUGGCCAAUACAAAACCCACAGUUUGCCAGCUACCUACGACUUGAAACGUAUCUCCUCGGAGGAUUCAGUGGUUCUUUAUGUUUACUCAGUUGAUGGUACUGAAAGACCCAGUUUUGAAUCAGCAACGUCUAAUGCUACGACUUACCGCCUGGCAAAGGUAGGUGACAGUUUUGGUCCUUCAUGGAGUACACAUUGGUUCCGUGUCACGAUUAAAGUUCCGUCAGACUGGAAAAAGAUAUCUGAUGAAGUUAUUUUCCACUGGGAUUGUGGUAACGAAGGGUUUGUGUUCUUAGAGGAUGGAAGACCACAAGUCGGAUUAUCUGGCGAAGAGAGACAAGAGUGGAUUCUCCCAAAAGAUUGGGUAAAGGACGGUAAAUGGCAUACAUUUUAUAUUGAAACUAGUUGCAAUGCUAUGUUUGGCAAUGCAGACCCUCACGACAAUAUCCAGCCACCUACAAGUGAUAGAUAUUAUAAAUUGGCUACUGCUGAUUUAGUUUUACCAAACAAGACGGCCCGUGCGUUGAAACAUGACUAUGCUGCCAUUAUGGAUUGUGCUUUGAAUCUCUCAGAAGAUUCUUGGCAAAAGCAUCGCGCCUUGGAAGUUGCUAAUGAGAUUAUUGACACUUUUGAUGAGGCUGAUCCUGAUACAACUCUUCCGAAGUGUAGAGAAAUUGCUGCCAAAUUCCUUGGUAACCAGGUUGACUCAGCUGCAAUUUUCGACUCGACUGCUAGUGUAGAAAGGGUUAUGAAUGGCUCAGAGGCUGUGAUAAGUGGUUUAGGACAUUGCCAUAUCGAUACCGCUUGGCUCUGGCCCUAUGCUGAGACUCGUCGAAAAAUUGGACGUUCGUGGGCAAGUCAAUUGGAUCUGAUUCAGCGUUACCCUGAGUAUAAUUUCGCUUGCUCACAAGCAGUGCAAUAUCAGUGGCUCAAGGAGGACUAUCCAGAGUUAUUUGAGCGUCUAAAAAAGCAAGUCGAAGCCGGUAGAUUUAUUCCGGUCGGCGGUUCUUGGGUAGAGUGUGAUACUAACAUUCCUUCCGGCGAAUCUGUUGCUCGUCAGUUUUUAUACGGUCAAAGGUUCUUCCAGGAUAAUUUCAACCUUCGUUCGAAUACUUUUUGGCUGCCAGACACUUUUGGUUAUAGUGCACAAAUUCCUCAGCUCUGUCGUCAGGCGGGAAUAGAGCGGUUUUUGACUCAGAAAUUGAGCUGGAACAACAUCAACAAGUUCCCCAACACCACUUUCAAUUGGGUGGCCCUGGAUGGUAGUCAAGUUAUUUGUCAUAUGCCACCUGCUGACACUUACAACUCCAAUUGUUCCGUUUCUGAGCUGAAACUGUCGGUCAACAACAACAAGAAUCGUGGCAUUCAUGAAAAGUCGUUGCUUUUGUUUGGUUAUGGUGACGGUGGUGGUGGCCCUACAACUGACAUGUUGGAGAGAAUGCGAAGAAACAGAGGAAUUUCAGACACAGUAGGUGAAAUACCCCGGGUUGAAAUGCAUGGUAAUGUUGACAAAUUUUUUGACCAAAUUGCUGUGAGAACUGAUGAGGGAAAGAAACUUGUUUCUUGGAUAGGCGAACUUUACUUUGAGUUUCACCGUGGUACUUAUACUACUCAAGCGAAUACAAAGAAGAACAAUAGGGCCAGCGAGGUCUUGCUCCACGAUGUUGAGUUUGCUGCCACUAUUGCUUCAAUUGUCAACCCUGCCUACCAGUAUCCCAAGGCAAAGAUUGACGAGAUGUGGGAGCUCACUUUGUUGAACCAAUUUCAUGACGUUUUACCAGGAUCGUCCAUAGAGAUGGUGUAUCAGGAUGUUGAUAACAUCUAUUCGGAAAUUAACAAGAUUGGUACUGAGAUUUUGCGUGGAUCUCUCGAUGCUACUGGUAUCCACCUCGUCGACGAUGGCACUCAAACUACGAAUUUGCUGGGCCUCAAUACGCUUCCUUGGCAGAGAUCUGAAAUUGUCAAAGUGCCUAUAGUUUCAAAAGGUAGUGUUGGCUCGGAAUAUGUUCACCUUGUCUCAGACCCGUCAUCACAAGCUCUCGCCUUCUCGGCAGUCAGUCAAAAAUCAAAUAGUCCAACUGUGACAGUGAAGGAAGUGAAGAAAGGCGUGUUUGUCUUUGAGAAUUCAAAUCUCCGUGCCACUAUCACCGGAGGCUUAUUGACAAGCCUUUACGAUAAGGCGAAUAACUACGAGAUGGUCCCCGAAAAUGAGAAGGGUAAUCAGUUCGUUAUUUUUGAAGAUCAGCCAUUAAAUUGGCAAGGUUGGGAUACAGAAGUUUAUUCUCUCAACAAGGCCAAGAAGGUACCUGCCGGUACAACUAAAAUAGUGGAAAAUGGGCCCUUGCAUGCGGCCAUUGUCGUAGAACAACAAAUCAGUGAGCGUAGUUGGAUCAAGACAACUAUCUCUCUAGACGCUGUUGUUGACACAGACCCUCUAGGGGGUACUAGUAACCUCUCUUGUUUAGAGUACAACAGUGAGGUUGAAUGGCGCGAGUCUUGUAAAUUUCUCAAAGUUGAAUUUCCUGUUGAUGUUCAUGAGGACUUUGCUACAUAUGACUCGAUGUAUGGCAGUGUUAAAAGACCGACUCAUUAUAAUACAAUGUGGGACGUUGCCAAGUUUGAAGUCUGUUGUCACAAAUACGCAGACUUAUCUGACUUCUCUUACGGUGUAACUGUUCUCAAUGAUUCCAAGUAUGGUUUCUCGGCACAUGGAAAUAUCAUGAGACUGUCUUUAUUGCGGUCAGCAAAAGCUCCCGAUGGAAAUGCUGACAUGGGAAGACAUAAUAUCAGAUAUGCUAUUUUGGGACAUGCAGGAAGGAUCAAUGCUAACGUCAUUCGCGUGGCCCACAACUUCAAUCACCCAUUGAGAGUGUUUUCAGUACAGGAUGAUAGCAAAAUUGCGGCUUCAACUGCUCUUUACAAGGUUGGAACCUUAGUUCGCUUUUCUGGCCCUGAAAAUAUUAUUGUCAGCGCUGUUAAAAGGGGAGAAGAUGAUCCUGAUGUCAUUUCAAAUGCAAAGACUACCAACAUUGGCGCUCGUAAGACCAAAUCUGUUAUUGUUCGCCUUCAUGAUAGUUUGGGAGGGAAGACCUCGGGUGAUAUUGUUACGUUGUUGCCAGUCAAAAAGGUCUUCAAAUCAAACAUUCUUGAGGAUGACGGAGAAGAAGUUGAGUUCCACGCGUCUUCUGAUGGAGUGCAUAUUCCAGUCACUCUGAGAGCCUUCGAAAUUGCCACCUACAGACUUGAACUUGCUUAA